CUGCCCAGCUCCCCGCCGGCGGCCGCAGCCCCCGCCCGCCGGAGCCGCCCUGCGCGGGACCCGCACCCUCCCCCGGGCCCGGCGGCCUGCAUCCCGCCCUGCCCGCUCGCCGCCGCAGCCCCGUGCGCACAGGCACCAUUUUGUGGCAGCUGCCCGCGCCCCCAGGGGGAGCAGGGCUCUUCUCCUGCCGCGUGGAGCGGCUGCCGGCGAGGGGAACCUGUUGGGCACCUGCCCGGCCGCCGGCGCGGACCAUGGUGCAGCCCCGCCGGCUCCCCCGCGCGCCUCUCCCGUGAGCCUGGCUGCGGGGAGGGAUCAUGGAUACUUGUCUGCUGGCUUCUGGUUCCCACGCAAGUAAGCCUGCCGUCAAUGGAGGAGGACAUUGAUACCCGCAAAAUCAACAACAGUUUCCUGCGCGACCACAGCUAUGCGACCGAAGCUGACAUUAUCUCUACGGUAGAAUUCAACCACACGGGAGAAUUACUAGCGACAGGGGACAAGGGGGGUCGGGUUGUAAUAUUUCAACGAGAGCAGGAGAGUAAAAAUCAGGUUCAUCGGAGGGGUGAAUACAAUGUUUACAGCACAUUCCAGAGCCAUGAACCCGAGUUCGAUUACCUGAAGAGUUUAGAAAUUGAAGAAAAAAUCAAUAAAAUUAGAUGGCUCCCUCAGCAGAAUGCAGCGUACUUCCUUCUGUCUGCUAACGAUAAGACUGUGAAGCUGUGGAAGGUCAGCGAGCGUGAUAAGAGGCCAGAAGGCUACAAUCUGAAAGAUGAGGAAGGCCGGCUGCGGGAUCCUGCCACCAUCACAACCUUGCGGGUGCCGGUGCUGAGACCCGUGGACCUGAUGGUGGAGGCCAUCCCGCGAAGGGUGUUCGCCAAUGCCCACACGUACCACAUCAACUCCAUAUCAGUCAACAGCGACUACGAAACCUACAUGUCAGCUGAUGACCUGAGGAUUAACCUAUGGAACUUUGAAAUAACCAAUCAAAGUUUUAAUAUUGUUGACAUUAAGCCGGCCAACAUGGAGGAGCUCACGGAGGUGAUCACGGCGGCCGAAUUCCACCCCCAUCACUGCAACACAUUCGUGUACAGCAGCAGCAAGGGGACAAUCCGGCUGUGUGACAUGAGGGCGUCCGCCCUUUGCGACAGGCACACCAAAUUUUCCCCCCACCAGGUCCAUGACUACCUCCGCAGCAAGUUGUGCUCCCUCUACGAAAAUGACUGCAUUUUUGAUAAAUUUGAAUGUGUGUGGAAUGGGUCAGACAGUGUCAUCAUGACCGGCUCCUACAACAACUUCUUCAGGAUGUUUGACCGCAACACUAAGCGCGAUGUUACCCUUGAGGCCUCGAGGGAAAACAGCAAACCCCGGGCUAUCCUAAAACCCCGAAAAGUGUGCGUGGGGGGCAAGCGGAGAAAAGACGAGAUCACCGUUGACAGUCUGGACUUCAGCAAAAAGAUCCUGCACACAGCUUGGCAUCCUUCAGAAAAUAUCAUAGCGGUGGCGGCCACAAAUAACCUAUAUAUAUUCCAGGACAAGGUUAACUAGAAGGACAAGUUAUCACUUAAUAAUCUCACAUACUGAAUACUAGUCAAACACGUUUUUACAUGUUUCUUUGGGUCUUCAUUUGAUGCAUUGACAUUAAUUUCCCUAUGCAGGAAAUAACUGGAGUAGAGUUCAAGGGGUCCAACUUUCCCAAAGCCCCAUUUCUAAAAAACUUCUGUCAAACCCAAUAGGUUCCCAGACACUUCUGCUUAGAAUGGAGAGCUGCCAGCUAACAGUGGUUCUUCCAUAGUUGGCUUGAAUCUCUGAUGCUUUUAUUGCCGUUUUCUCUGGUGGGUCCAGUGUUUUGUUUCUAGGUGUCUACUGAGAUAAAAUGAGGUUGUCUGUAGUAUUUAAAGAGAAAAGAGAUGAGUUUUUUUUUAAUUAAGCAAUUCCAUUUGAUUGGAAAAAAUCAACAAAAAAUAAACACCGUUUACUCUUAGAGAAAUUCUCCUUGUCUUGUGAAAAAUCAGAACUAGUUAGCAUCUCCUGCUCCUACAGCCCUUUUUAUUUUCUUCCAUUUUCAACAAUUUCAUUUGAGCCAGAGAUUUAUUUCACGAGGCUGCAAAAAGACGCAGGUUGAGAAGGAAGGGACACAGCAACACGGCUCUACUACUUUGUAAGCACCAUGGAAACAGCCUGAGAAUUUGGCUGGAAACACUCUGAACCCUUCAGGGGCCCUAAAGAGAACCCUUCUUCUACACAGUGCUUCUCAGAGCUGGCUUGGCAGGACCAAGUGGGGCCACAUUCCAUCUGCUGCUUUGUUACUCCCGCUUUUUGUCAUUCCGAGUGGCUCCAAAUAAUCCUCUGCUUACACGUUGGUUGGCUUUUUCUCUCCAACCUUUUCCAGCUUAUUUAUUCCACUGACUUUAAAGACCGAGUCCCGGUUGUUUAUUAUCUGGCACUCUAGACGAAGCCACGGCCCCACCCCUGGCUCCCAGAGAAAGGCUGGUCUGUUCUUUCUGGGUGUUUCUCCUAGGCAGCCCCCCUCCCUCUUCCUGGGCUGGGUAACCAAAAGUAACAAUCCGUCAAUCCCCAUUGUUGCCAGAACAAAAAAUGGCCAAUAAAAAGGCUGAUUUGUAAAGUU